AUGAAAAAACUGGACUGCCCUCUGUUCUGCGCAGUAAUUGAACUUGGUGAAGGAGACUCAUCUAGGAAGAUUGUAGAAAAAAUCUGCGAAAAGAGUUUGUUAAAGACAGAGAACAACUGCAGACGGAUGGAGAGGGUCUUGAAGGUCCAAAGCAUGCCUAAAGAUGUUUCCUGCUUUGAAGAACAUAGAGAAACAGUGAAGAUCAAAGCUAGCAGACUGCCCAAAAGGCAUCCACGCUGCCUGGUCGACGGGAAUGAGCUUUUGAUGUUCUACGGCACAACCGUUGUGUGCUCUCUUGGCACGAAUAAUGACACUUGUAGUCUGUGCACUUUGGAUAACUGUGGUGUAUGUCAAGCUUUAAGACAUGGAUUCUUUACCAAGAAGGAAUGCAAUGGCGGGUUAGGUGUUUUUACAACUUCCAGCAGUGGAAGAGCAUUAGAAUCUAUUGAGACAGAUGAAGCAGACCAGUGUAUAAGGAAGGCUUUAAUGGUGUGUAGAGUAGUGGCCGGGAGAGUUCAUAAACCUGGGGAAAGCAUUCAAGAUACGACUGCCUCAGGGUUCGAUUCAUUGGCUAGGAAAAUGGGUUCUCAUUCGAAUGUUGAGGAACUCUGUGUGCUAAAUCCCCAAGCUAUCCUACCCUGUUUUGUGGUAAUAGUAAGUAAAGGAUCAUUCUUUUAAAGGAAUUUAUACGAAUAUCUGAACCUGUUUUAGAUUGUUAUUCAGGAACGCCAAUUUUGGUUGGGAAAUGCUCCAUGCAGUUAUGAAGUGC